UAGCUCAGCUGCAAGCACCAUCACCCCAAAUAGUUCCCGACCAUCAGACUGUAAAACGAUCCAGAAUGUGGACUAUAUUUUUUUUAACGGUGGUAACAUGGAUGACUUUUUGGUCAAGUACUUCAGCUCAAGAGUACUUACCCCCCAAAAUAGGCAACGGUUCAAAGAAACCAGCAAUAGAGCCAACGCUACCAGCUAACUACGACUUCUCUUACGACGUCCAAGACAACACUGUGAACCUGGACUUCGGUCACAACGAGAAGAGGAAGGACGACCGUGCAACCGGCUCCUUUCACGUCCUCCUACCGGACGGCCGGAUGCAACUUGUCGAGUACGAAGCGGGGCCGGACGGGUAUAAGCCUCAGAUAAUGUACAUGGGAACAGCAACGUUUCCUACCCCUGGGGGUGACAAAUUCGACGGGUACCACUACAAUGCAGCGUCUAACAGGCAGAGCGUCCGGCAGGCAGCGCCGCGGGGGCCGCCCCGGCAGCCGCCCACCGCGCCGCCGCCUGCGCCCGCGCCGCCAGCGCCGACUAACGCUACGCAAUGACAAAAACCUUGAAAGAUAAAGCUUGAAAAAUAUGGAUUCAGAUACAAAGCUAUAAACAUUUGAUUUAAUUGAUGGAUACAAUGAUCUUUAGAUUGACUUUUGAGUAGUAAAUUAUAGCAGCGACUGAA